AUGGAAGACGAAUACUCCAGGACCAUUCGUCUGUUGUUUAUCCGAUGUGUGGCUCUUCCUGGUGUAACGGAGGAGUUGUGGACAGAGGAGAAUGAGACGGCUUUGGAUCAAUUCAUUGUUGACAACACAAUCACAACCAUGGUGGUGUACCUUGACACUGACUCCAAGCUGCGGGUGGAAUACUCCAUACCUGCUUUAAAAUGUAUUUUACAUGGACAGGUGGUGGAGCAGCUGUGCUAUUUUAUCCGCAAACCAGGAGCCAUUAUCACAGCAGAGACAUUUGAUUCAGCUGUACAGUUUGGCAUGCUUCAAGAAAACCCCAUCCAAAGGCUGCUCCAUGAAAUGAUCUGUUUGCAUGCACUGCCAGUCGCCCUCUCAACCUACAGCCAGAAGAGCAUCAAAGACAACUAUGCCAACAACAUGCACUGCUUCCUGGCCUGCCUCUCGGAAAGUGACUUCAGUUUACAAGUAGUUAAGAAAAUCCCAAUAGAAGCCCUACAGUGCAGUCCUGAGGCAAGAAAGGACAAGAAGCUGGUACAAAGAAUGGAGAGUGUUGUGAUCCACUGGACAGUUCAGAUCAAGGAGCUACUGAAUGAUCAAGAAGUAAUGGAGAUGGGGGACACAUGUGGCCCACUGCAGGAGAUAGCAUUCUGGAAGAACCGCUCUGCCAAACUUUUGGACAUCAGCCUGCAGCUACAAAAACCAAGGGUCAAACACAUCCAGAAGAUCCUGCAACUCUCAAAGUCUAUCUAUGAACAUCGCUUUUUCAAACUGGCCAAGGAGAUCCAGGAUUGUUCUUUACAAGCUAAAUCAAACCUGACCUACCUGUCCAUACUGAAGGAGCCCUUUGAAGAGUUUGCCAAGCUCAAGCUUAACCAAGUUACUCCUAAGCUGUGUCACAUUGUCAGUCUCAUUUGCAUCAUUUGGGUUAACUCCGACCACUACAACACUAAUGAAAGGAUCACUGGCCUCUUCCGCAAGAUGAGUAAUGAGGUCAUCAGCCUGUGCUUUAAAAGCAUCUCUCUGGACAGGAUCUUUGAAGGCUUUGUUUUAUCCAGCAAAAAAAACCUUAACGACUGUAUCCAGUGCUGCAUGUCCUGGAAGGAAGUUUACCAGAAUGCAUCAAAUGUUCAUACCAAGUGUUCUCCUAAAGGUUGGAUGCUGGACCAAACCAGCAUCUUUGUGGUGGUUGAUGCUUUUGUUCAGAGGUUCAAAGACCUGCUUGAGGUAUGUGACUGCCAGCAUCAGUUUGCCCGUUGGGAGGAUGGUCAGCAAAGGCCCCUGCCAUGCUUUAGUGGAGGACAAGGACCAGAGUUCACCCGGUCCCUCCUGGAGCUAGAAAGUAUCUUCCACCGUGGCCUGCAGAACCUGCGCUCUGUCGUUGAGAGCAUCUUUGAUGUCGAGAACACCAUUUGGUUCAGAGAAUUCAACAAGUAUAUUUCGUGCAGUAAUGAUGGAAAACUGGAAAUGAUGAUGCAGAACCUGAUCAGUUCCAUUUUUAAAACAGUAAACACAGUGGAGGAAGGAGUUCGGCUUCUGGACAUUUUUAGACCUUUGUCUACUCGAGAGGCUAUAAGGCGCACCACAGAAGAGAAGGUCGAAGAAGUGUACAAUGUCUUCAACAAGGAGCUUAAAAUGGUCAACAAGGAGUUGAACCAGAAGACAAGAGUUUGCCCUGACCAUAUACCUCCGAUAUCAGGACAGGCCCACUGGGUGAGGGCCCUCAGACAUCGCCUAGACAAACCCAUGGAGUUGCUUCAAACGGCCCAUUUUAUGCAUGAAUCAUAUAGCCGCAAGCAGGUCAUUUUCUCCAAUGGCCAAAUGGUGCAGGUUUUGGAUGAGUUGGUGAGGAAGAAUUUCAGUAUGUGGAGCCAGAAGCUGGACGGUCAGUACAUCAAGAGGCUAGAGCAGCCACUCAUGGUGCGCUGCAAGGACAAGACCGCCAAGGUGGACAUCAAUUUUGACAAUAAUCUAUUGAACAUGUUUUCUGAGAUCCAGUACUGGGAUCGACUUAAGUUUGAGAUCCCACAGAGUGUAUCUGACAUUUGUCAGGACAGGGAGGACUUCAGAGGCCUGAGAGAGGGAACACUGCUGUUGAUCAGGGACUACAACAGGAUCAUUGGAAUGCUGUCUCCUGACGAGCAUGGUCUGUUUUGGGAGAGGAUUCACUUCUUAGAUAAGAAGAUUCAGCCGGGGUUGUCAAGGCUCCUGUGGUUGUCAAAGGGAGCUUCAAACAUCUUCAUCCAAGAGUGUCUUGUACACAUUGAAAAGGUCCGGGUCAUAGUUAAUGAAUACAAAGUAUCCAAUCUAUCAAUUUCCAACCUCUGUCGCCAGAUGAGUGAAGCACUACUGAUUAAACUCAAUGGAAAGACUGCGUACAGGAACUAGGAGUUUGAAGAUGAAGCUCACCAGAAAAGCCAACUCCAAAUACUACGCUCAGUACACCAGGAUAUUGUUGAUACCAUGAACCGCAUUCACAGCACCUUCUCUAAUGAUGGACCUGAGGUGCAGAAUAUGCGAGAGGUGCUGAAUGGAGAGUGGGUGUGGUUCCAGCGGGUUUUGAUUGAGAGUGAUAUCAUGCUGCAAAAGCACAAGGAGAAGUUUAAGAACGGCCUCAUCCUCUCCUCUGAGGAGUUAAAGAAGAAAGUCCAGACAAUGCGCCAGAAUGAUAAUAUCCAAGGUCCGUUUGACAGCAUGCUAAGCACUAAGAUGGCCUUAACUCAAAUAGCUGAGCAUCAUAGUGAACUUGAGACUCUGAAACAGGAAGAGACCACCAUCCUUCAUGGGCUGGGCGUCUUUAAGAUAGAACAGUCUCCCAACAAAGGCAUCCUCACACUGGAAAAGUCUGCAGUGUACAGGGUGAAAAGGAAGGGAGCCAAGACGGUCCCCUGUGGGGCCCCUGUGCUGCAGAUGACCCGGCACUGGAAACAGAUAUGCGAAGAGCUGCAGUGCACUUUUGACCAGAACAGCGCUGAAUUUACCCUGGAGAAGAUGAUCUCUCUGGGCCUGGACAAGUAUGCAGAAAAGAUCUGUGAGAGCUCCGGAGCUGCGAGCAAAGAACUCUCCAUGGAGCAGGGUCUGGAUGACAUUAUUAAGACUUGGAAGGAUACAUUGCUCGACAUAGCACCUUACAAAGAUGAAGGCCACUACCGGCUGAGAGGAACUGAAGAGGUUUUCCAGGCCCUGGAGGACAAUCAGGUUAUUCUGUCAACAAUGAAGGCUUCUCGCUUUGUCAAGGCCUUUGAGCCUCAUCUUUAUUUCACCAUCAAUAUUAUGAAUAUCUAAGGAAAUACAAAAUGGUUAAAAUGAAAACAAACAAGAAAGAAAAAGAAUAUUAAAAAUAUUUUCCAAGGAAAAGACAUCCGAGAGCAACUGCCUAAUGAGUGCAAAGAGUUUCAAGACCUUAGCUCUAAUUGGAAGAUCAUCAUGGGACGACUCUAUGAGAAUAACAACGCUUUGCAAGGAACUAAACACCCGGGCUUGCUGGAGAGCUUAACAGAGAUGAGUGCCAAGCUGGAGGAGAUCCAGAAGGCCCUCGACAUGUAUCUGGAGACCAAGAGGCAGAUCUUCCCAAGAUUCUACUUCCUGUCUAAUGAUGAUGUAGGCAUGUUCUCUGCUGAUGGGGAGUAUAUCAGGUUCCUGGAUGAUGUUAAUCUGGACAGACCUGUGGAGUUGUGGCUGUGUGACAUUGACGCGACCAUGCGUAUUACACUCAAAGACUUGUUAUAUAACUGCCUUGAAGCUCUAAAGAGGAUGACAGGACAGAGAGACAAAUGGGUCAAGGAAUGGCCAGGACAGAUGUUCAUCACAGCAAGUCAGAUCCAGUGGAACACUGAUGUUACAAAAGCUCUUCUUACCAGCAAGGAGAGAUCUGUGAAGUCCUCUCUUAAGUCCAUGAAGAAGAAACAGGUCUCCAUGCUUCAGAGGUAUUCAGAAAGCAUCUGUGGCAACCUCACCAAAGUGCUAUGUCUUAAGAUAGUAGCGCUUGUCACAGUGGAGGUCCAUGCGAGGGAUGUCAUUGAUAAGCUGGCCAAAGCAGGCUGCAGUAACAUUAAUGCCUUUGAGUGGCUCUGCCAGCUGCGGCUAUACUGGGAAAAGGAAAUAGAUGAUUGCAUAAUCCGACAGACCAACACACAUUUCAAGUAUGGAUACGAGUACCUGGGCAACUCUGGACGCCUUGUCAUCACUCCUCUUACUGACAGUCAGGCACAGGGUCUGGUCGUGGGGAGGGGGGUGGCCUUCUGUGGGGGCGUGCUGUUGUGUGCUUCAAACCUGGCAAAGAAGCUGUUGAGGUCGUUCAAAAGAGAGGUGUUGCUGUCACAGCUGCGUUUGGCUUCCCUGAUGCCACGGGACAGGUUGGCCCUCGCUGUUAUCAGGCAGGCUGCGUCCCCAGCUCUGAAGGCGGUGUUCCUGGCCCUCAGUAGCCCGCGUACCUCUCCUGUGGCUGCCUGCUUGAACAUCUCCCAGUCUGUGGUAUCAAAGCAGUCUUGUAGUGCAGCAGAGGCCCCCUCUGGCCACACACGCAUCCACACUGACAUCACAGAAGAUCAAAUCAAACAGGAACUGGACCAACAAGGCAUCAACAUCUCCAAAAUCCACAGGAUAAUCAGCAAAACCACCCAACAGCCAACCACCUUUAUCAAGAUCCUUCUUACCGACCCAAACCAAUCUGCUGGCCUUCUCCACGAAGGCUUCUUUAUGGACCUGUUUCAGUACAGAGUGGAGAAGGCCCGGCCCCCACCCACCAUCCGACAGUGCUUCAAAUGCCAACAGUUUAACCACAUAUCAUCCAACUGCAAUAACCCUGUCAUAUCUCCUCUGCUCAAAGCCACCUCCAACCCCAGCCACUCUCUGAUAAUGGGCGACCUCAAUGCCAAACACACAGACUUUCACUGCAGGAAAACAAACACAAGCGGAACCACACUCAGACAGAUUCUACAGGACACAAAUCUAUCAAUAAUCAACACAAAUGAACCCACCUACAUAUCCCCUCAGACCGGCAAAACAGACAUUCUGGACCUCAUCAUAUGCACCCCCAACCUGGCGACAAGAGUUUCACCACCACCACCACAAACCAUCUCUCAACUGAAGGAGGCUAUAGAGGCGGAGCUUCAACAGAAUGGUUUGCAGGUUUCUGCUUUUGCACUGACAAAAGUCAUCCAACUUUAUGAGACCAAAAACUCUCGACACUCCACCAUGCUGGUGGGAAAGACUGGCAGCGCUAAGAGUGUUACCUGGAGGAUCCUGCAGUGUGCUCUCACUGCCAUGCAUCACAAGGGAGUGCCUGGUUUCCAGUUGGUCCUGGAUUUCCCUCUAAACCCCAAGGCGAUGAGUCUAGGAGAGCUGUAUGGAGAGAAUGACCUCUCAACCAAUGAGUAGAGUGAUGGAGUGCUUUCCACCCUCAUGAGAACUGCCUGCGCAGAUGACAAACCAGAUGAGAAGUGGAUAGUGUUUGACGGGCCUGUUGACACACUUUGGAUAGAGAGUAUGAACUCUGUCAUGGAUGACAACAAGGUGCUAACACUCAUCAAUGGAGAGAGAAUUUCCAUGCCCGAACAGGUGUCUCUGCUGUUUGAAGUGGAGAACCUGGCACAGGCCUCUCCAGCUACUGUGUCCCGCUGUGGGAUGGUCUACAAUGAUUACGCUGAUCUGGGAUGGAAGCCUUUUGUUCAAUCCUGGCUGGACAAACGACACAAGGCUGAAGUGGAACAUUUAAAGCCGAUAUUUGAGAAAUAUAUAGAGAGCACGCAGGACUUUAAGAAGGUCAACUGUAAGGAGCUGAUUCCAAUCACUGAGCUUAAUGGAAUCACCUCAUGCUGCCGUCUCUAUGACUCCCUAGCUACAUCCAGCAAUGGGAUAAACACCUCCGACACAGAAAACCUGGGUAGGAUGGUGGCUCUGUGGUUCGUCUUCAGCCUUAUCUGGUCCAUCUGUGCCUCUGUUGAUGAGGAUGGACGCAGGAAGAUCGACAACUUCCUGCGGGAGAUGGAGGGAACAUUCCCCAUCAAGGACACAGUUUAUGAGUAUUAUGUGGACACCAAGAACAAAAUCUGGGCUUCUUUUGAAGAAAAACUGCCUAAGGGCUGGCGCUACAAUGCAGAGGCUCCAUUCUAUAAAAUAAUGGUUCCUACAGUGGACACAGUUCGCUACAACUUCUUAGUGGAGGCUCUGGUGUUAGGUCAGUACCCAGUGCUGCUCUCUGGGCCAGUGGGCACUGGCAAAACCUCAGUGGCCCAGAGCAUCCUGCAGGACUUGGAUAACAAGUGGACUGCCUUAACUAUCAACAUGUCUUCACAGACAACUUCUAAUAACAUCCAAGCCAUAGUGGAGAGUCGCAUAGAGAAGAGAACCAAAGGCAUGUUUGUGUCAACAGGAGGGAAGCGCCUGCUUUGUUUCCUGGAUGACCUAAACAUGCCAGCUGAUGACCUCUUUGGCUCUCAGCCAACGCUGGAACUGCUGCGCCUUUGGAUCGACUAUGGCUUCUGGUAUGACCGCCAGAAACAGACCCUAAAGUUUGUCAAGGACAUGUUCUUGUUGGCAUCAAUGGGACCUCCUGGUGGAGGGAGGACUCACAUUUCUGGGCGCUCACAGAGUCGAUUCAACCUCAUCAAUAUGACCUUCCCUAAUGAGUCCCAGAUCAGACGGAUCUACAGUACCAUGAUCAACCAAAAGCUGCAGGGGUUUAAGGAGGAGGUGAAGCCCAUUGGAGACAUUCUGACCCAGGCCACCUUAGAACUGUAUUAUGCUGUUUCUGCUUGUUUUCUUCCCACUCCAGCAAAGAUACACUACCUCUUCAACCUCAGGGAUAUCUCCCAGGUGUUUCAAGGUCUGCUAAGAGCUCACCCUGACUUCCAUGAUACCAAAAACAACAUCACUCGACUCUGGAUCCAUGAGUGCUACAGAGUCUUCUCGGACAGGCUUGUAGAUCGCAGUGACAUUGAGGUCUUUACUGCUUUGCUUGGGGAGAAACUGGCCUCACUCUUUGACCUCCCGUUCCACAACAUCUGCCCGAACAAACAGCCACCUAUAUUUGGUGAUUUCCUGAGCGGUUCUGGUGUGUAUGAAGACCUGCUGGAUGUCAAAGGUCUUAAGAAGUUCAUGGAGACGCAGCUGGAAGACUACAACAUGACACCGGGUGUAGUGCCCAUGAGCCUGGUGCUCUUCCGUGAUGCCAUUGAACACAUAACUCGAGCAGUAUGUGUGAUCAGUCAGCUUAGGGGCAACAUGCUGCUGGUCGGUGUGGGAGGUUCUGGUAGACAGAGCCUGUCUAAGAUGGCUGCCUUCAUCUGUGAGUACCAGGUGUUCCAGGUGGAAGUCACCAAGCAGUAUCGCAAACAGGAGUUCAGAGAUAAUAUCAAGAAGCUGUACCGUUUGACUGGUGACAACAACAAGCCUACAGUCUUCCUGUUCAAUGACACUCAGAUUGUAUAUGAGUCCUUCCUUGUGGACAUCAAUAAUAUCCUAAGCUCUGGAGAGGUGCCUAACCUCUACAAGCCGGAUGAGUUUGUUGAGGUAUGCAACGCUCUGUCAGAGUCGGCCAGGAAAGACAAAGUGGUGGAGACUCCUGACUCGUUAUUUCACUAUCUGAUCGAGCGAGUGAGGAACAACCUGCACAUAGUUCUCUGUAUGAGUCCAGAGGGAGAGCCCUUCAGAAACCGCAUCCUUCAAUAUCCGCCGCUGGUAAACUGUGCCUCCAUUGACUGGUUCUGUGAGUGGCCCAAAGACGCCCUGCUGGAGGUAGCUGAGAGGUACUUGGAUGGAAUGAACCUGGGCUCCCUGGAGGGGAUCCAGACAAAGGUUGCCAGUAUCUUUGUGACAACACAUCAGUCGGUAGCGCAGGUCUCUGAACGGAUGAAGUUGGAGUUGAGGAGAUAUAAUUAUGUGACAGCCACCAAUUACCUGGAGCUGGUGUCUGGAUACAAAAAGCUGUUGGCAGAGAAACGCAGUGAAUUGGGAGAGCAGGUGAGCAAGCUGCGUAAUGGCCUAUUCAAGAUCAGUGAUACCCGGGAGAAGGUGGAGGCCAUGUCUGUUGAGCUGGAGGAGGCCAAGAAGCAGGUGGCCGACUUCCAGAAGCAGUGUGAAGAGUACCUGUCUGUCGUCGUACAGCAGAAACGAGAGGCCGUUAAGCAGCAGAUAACUGUGAGUGCUAACAGUGAGAAAAUUGGAGCAGAAGAGUUGCAGUGUAAAGAGAUGGCUGAGAAUGCACAGAGAGACCUGGAUGAGGCCCUUCCUGCCCUUGAAGAGGCCAUGAAGGCUCUGGAGUCUCUGAAUAAGAAGGACAUGACAGAGAUCAAGCCAUACGGCCGUCCUCCAACACUGGUAGAGACAAUAAUGCAGGCUGUCAUGAUCCUUCUGUGCAAAGAGCCUACCUGGGCAGAGGCCAAGAGACAGCUGGGUGAGUCCAACUUCAUCAAAACAUUAGUUAACUUUGACAAGGACAAUAUAUCAGACCGCGUGUUGAAGAAGAUCGGCCAGUAUUGCAGGCAGGCAGAUUUCCUUCCAGAGACUAUCGGCAAAGUAAUGAAAGUGAUAGACUUUCAAAUGCCAGACUACCUGCGUAUACUGGAGAAUGCCAUCCAGUUUGGGAGUCCUGUUUUGCUGCAGAAUGUCCACGAGGAGUUGGAACCCUCUCUCAACCCAGUUCUUAACAAGUCCCUUACACGGGCAGGCGGCAGGCUGCUAUUGAAGCUUGGUGAUAAGGAAGUGGAGUAUAAUCCAGAGUUUCGUUUCUAUAUCACCACCAAACUCUCAAACCCCCACUACACACCAGAAAUUUCUACAAAGACCACCAUAGUCAACUUUGCUGUCAAGGAGCAGGGCCUUGAAGCCCAGCUACAGGGAAUUGUGGUGCGUAAGGAGCGUCCAGAACUAGAAGAGCAGAAGGACUCUUUGGUCAUCAGCAUUGCUUCUGGAAAGAAAAGCCUGCAGCAGCUGGAGGAUGAGAUUCUCAGGUUGUUAAACAGAAAACACAGCAAUGGUUCUCUACUGGACGAUGUGCAGCUGGUGAACACCCUGCAAACAUCCAAAGUCACAGCCACUGAGGUUUCAGAUCAGCUGGAGAGCAGUGAACAGACCGAAAUAGAGAUUGAUUCUGCAAGAGAGGCCUAUCGCCCGUGUGCCCAGCGAGCCUCCAUUCUCUUCUUCAUCCUCAACAACAUGGGCCGCAUCGAUCCAAUGUACCAGUUCUCACUGGAUGCCUACAUUAACCUGUUUAACCUCAGCAUUUAAAAAAGCAAGCGCAGCCAAAAGCUGGAAGAAAGGAUUACCAACCUCAAUGACUACCACACAUAUGCAGUAUACAGGUACACGUGUCGAGGUCUGUUUGAGGCCCACAAGCUGCUCUUCAGCUUCAGAAUGUGUGCCAAAAUGGAUGAGUACAGCUUCUUCCUACGAGGAGGACUUGUUCUUGAUAAGGAGUAUCAGAUGAGCAAUCCAUGUACCAGUUGGCUGACAGACUCCUGCUGGGAUAACAUCACAGAGCUGGAUAAGCUUCCAAAUUUCUCAGGCAUUAUGACCUCCUUUGAACAGCAUCCCCGAGACUGGAACCAUUGGUUCACCAGUGCUGAGCCAGAGAAUGCCACACUGCCAGGUGAUUGGAAUAACCGUUGUAAUGAGCUGCAGAAGAUGUUGAUUGUUCGGUCGUUGCGUCAGGACCGUGUCUCUGUGUGUGUCACCUCCUUCAUUGUAAACAACCUGGGCUCACGCUUUGUGGAGCCGCCUGUUCUUGAUAUGAAGAGCGUUGUGGAAGAAUCCACAUGCAGGACUCCUCUGAUCUUUGUGCUGUCUUCUGGUGUGGACCCCACAGGAGCCCUGUUGCAGCUUGCUGAGGCCUCUGGCAAGAGCAAUCAUUUCCAUGCUCUGUCUCUGGGCCAGGGGCAGGCCCCCAUUGCUAAGAGCAUGAUAGAGGAGGGUGUCAAGACUGGUCACUGGGUGUUUCUUGCCAACUGCCACCUUUCUCUCUCGUGGAUGCCUGAGUUGGACAAGCUGGUGGAGCAGCUACAGGUGGAAAAGCCAAACAAAAACUUCAGUCUCUGGCUGAGCUCUUCCCCACAUCCUGAAUUUCCCAUCACCAUACUGCAGGCUGGCAUCAAGAUGACCCCUGAACCACCAAAGGGUAUAAAAGCCAACAUGAAGCGUCUCUACCAGCUGGUGACCGAGGAUCAGUUCAACCGCUGUUCAAGACCUGUCUUAUACAGGAAGCUGCUCUUCUCCCUCUGUUUCUUUCACAGCAUACUGCUGGAGAGGAAGAAGUUUUUACAGCUGGGAUGGAAUAUAGUCUAUGGAUUCAACGAUUCUGACUUUGAGGUGAGUGAGAAUCUGUUGAGUCUGUACCUGGAUGAGUAUGAGGAGAUUCCAUGGGAUGCACUGAAGUAUCUCAUUGCUGGGGUCAACUAUGGAGGUCAUGUGACAGAUGACUGGGAUAGACGUCUUCUUACCACUUACAUCAACAGCUACUUCUGUGACUCUGCAGUAGACCAGCCCUUCUUUAAGUUGUCCUUCUUAACCUCCUAUUACAUCCCCCGCGAUGGGCCCCAGAUCUCCUACAAGGAUAUAUAUAGCAGUAUGCUGCCGUCCAGAGAGCACCCUGAGGUGUUUGGCCAACACUCUAAUGCAGAUAUAGCCAGCCAGAUCGCAGAGUCCAGGACAUUGUUUGACACCUUACUCUCCCUGCAACCCCAAGUCACAAGUCCCACUGCUGCAAGGGCCAGGCCAAGUAGAGAAGAUAAGGUAUUAGAGCUGCUGUCAGAUGUUCAAGGGAAGAUCCCAGCAUUGACUGACUUUGAGGGCACCCGGUCGUUGCUCCAGGACAACCCUUCACCUCUUAAUGUGGUCCUUCUGCAAGAAAUCCAGAGAUACAACGCACUACUGGACACCAUCAUUUCGUCCCUGGCGGAGCUGGAGAAAGGGAUCAAAGGCUUAGUGGUGAUGUCAUCAAGCUUGGAGGAGACCUUCCACUGCAUCUAUGACGCCGGUGUACCACCACUGUGGGAGAAGGCUUACCCCUCCCUGAAGCCCCUGGCAGCUUGGACCAGGGAUCUUUGCCAGCGAGUCACUCAGUUUGCACGCUGGGCUGAGACGGUUCAGCCCCCCACCUUGUUCUGGCUCUCUGGCUUCACCUUUCCAAACUGUUUCCUCACUGCUGUUCUGCAGUCCUCUACUCGACAGAACAAUUCACAAUGUCUCUUUGAAACUCUUUCAGUGGAUACUCUGUCUUGGGAGUUUGUAGUGUCCACUGUAGAUGACAGCAACCUCAUCUCCCCUCCUAAGGUAUGUACCUGUGUCCAUGUUACUUCUACCCAGUUCGAUCGGGCGGGGCAGGCAGAGCUUCUUUUGUGGUCAGCAUUGAACUCAAAUCUGGAGCUGUGA